AUGCCGAGCGUGGGCACGGUGCUGGGCUGGCUGCUGCUGCUCUUGUUGUUGCUGCUGCUGUUCCGCCAGGUGUUGCGGCAGCGGCGACCCCGCGGAUUCCCCCCUGGCCCCGCCGCCCUGCCGCUGGUCGGCAGCGUGCUGGCCCUGGUCACCCAGCCACACGUCUUCAUGCGCCAGCAGAGCCAGGUCCACGGGCAGAUCUUCAGCCUGGAUCUGGGUGGGAUAUCGACUGUGGUCAUUAAUGGUUACGACGCUCUCAGGGAGUGCCUCGUCCACCAGAGUGAUAACUUUGCUGAUCGCCCAUCUCUGCCUCUCUUCAAGAAGCUGACCAAAAUGGGAGGACUGUUAAAUUCCAAAUAUGGUCGUGGUUGGACUGAUCAUCGGAAGGUUGCUGUGAAUUGUUUUCGUUGUUUCGGACCAGGUCAAAAGAGCUUUGAAAACAGAAUCUCUGCGGAAUGCCUGAUCUUUUUGGAUGCUGUUGACACCUAUAAAGGAAAGCCCUUUGAAGCCAAAUGCCUUGUAACUAGCGCAGUUUCCAACAUCACAAACCUGAUCAUUUUUGGAGAGCGUUUUACGUACGAUGACACAGAGUACCAACAUAUGAUUGAGAUAUUCAGCGAAAAUGUAGAACUGGCUGCCAGUAUCUGGGCGUUUCUCUACAAUGCCUUCCCUUGGAUCGGUCUAUUACCAUUUGGAAAACAUCAGCGGUUGUUCAAAAAUGCUGCAGAGGUGUAUGACUUUUUGUUCAAGAUUAUACAACGGUUUUCCCAAAAUAGAACCGCCCAGAAGCCCCGGCAUCUCAUCGAUUCAUAUCUGGAUGAAUUGGAAAAGAAUAUUAAUGAUCCUGAAUCUUCCUUUUCAACAGAAAACUUAAUUUUUACUGUUGGCGAACUCAUUAUCGCCGGGACAGAGACUACAACUAACGCACUUAGAUGGGCCAUUUUGUACAUGGCCCUGUAUCCAAACAUUCAAGAAAGGGUGCAUCAGGAACUUGACACAGUUGUGGGCAAAAAGCAUAUGCCCUCCAUGGAACACAAGCCACAGAUGCCAUAUACAGAGGCGGUAUUACACGAAGUUCUGAGAUACUGCAACAUAGCACCACUUGGUAUUUUCCGUGCAACCACCAAGAACACUGUUGUUCGAGGCUAUUCCAUUCCAAAGGGAACCACAGUUAUAACAAAUCUCUACUCUGUGCAUUUUGAUGAAAAAUAUUGGAAUACUCCCGAUCUAUUUUGUCCCGAGAGAUUCCUGGAUAAAAACGGGCAGUUUGUGAAGAAAGAGGCAUUUGUUCCAUUUUCUAUUGGUCGAAGACACUGCCUUGGAGAACAGCUUGCAAGAAUGGAGUUAUUUCUGUUUUUUACCAUGCUUUUACAAAGGUUUCACAUUCAUUUCCCACCUGGAACUGUUCCAAAUCUGAAACCCAAAUUGGGAAUGACAUUACAGCCUCAUCCGUACCUUAUCUCAGCACAAAGACGUUGAGAAGAGAAUAUUAAAGUAGUUUGUUACCAAUGUAAAUAUCACCAUGGUUGGGAGGGAAUUAAUCUACAAUUAAGAAGCAGGGAUAACCACACUCUAAUAUAAUAAAAAGGAACUGCCGAUGUUGCUUUAUACCAAAGAUAGACACUAAAUGCUCGAGUAACUCAGCUGAUCAGGCAAUAUCUCAAUAUCUCUGGAGGAAAUGGACAGGUGAUGUUUCAGGUUGAAACCUUUCAGACCAUUUUAUAACCAAAUUCUAUUUUGUAUUGCCUAAUAUUAUGAUUAAGCAAAAUAAAAUAG